AUGGAACGUCAGAGUAUGGAAGUUAUUGAGUACGUCGAUACGAGCUUGAGAGAGAUCAAGCUGAUGAUAGAGGAACUGUCCACCCGUCUCUCGAGCAGAUCAUCCCCCCUGUCUUCGGGUCAGUCACUUGUGUCGAAGCGGAGUGCCGAUCGGGCACGUAUGGAGCGUGACUCGGAGAAUAGGCCCGUGCCUCCCAUGGAAGCGUCUGUGAGGUCCGGCGAGGAGAUAGAGGCAGAACGGGAGCCUCGGGAGGAGGAAUCGACCGGUGAGCUACCUGACGACAUGUUUCGUCCGGUGAGCACGCUGGACUUGGGUGCUGAUACUGGUGGGGUUCCUUGGAUAAGCCCAGCGAGGACGAGGACUAUCGGGCGGAUGAGUUCCGCUAGUAAAUCGGAUCGCUCUACAGUGGCUGGAUACGUGGUAUGGCAGGCUCUGGGCGACCAAUAA